AUGGAAAAACAAUAUAUAGAGUAAAUCUCAAAAUAAUAAGAGGAAAUUGAUGAGUAAUUGAAAUUGGCAUAAAAUUAGUAAUGUAGUAUUUCAUAACAAUUUAGAUGUUGAAUAUGUAUCAACUAAAUUAGAUGAUAUUCUUAAAUUUUAAUAAUAAGAGAAUUAGAGUUUAUAAUCAUCUAAGUAAUUGACUUUACCAAUUGAAGAAUUGAUAACAUUAGCUGAAACAUUAGAAGGCAGAUUCUAAAAAUCAAUUAAGCAAUUGUAAAUCAAAUAAGUAGAAAUCUAUCAUUUAAAAUAAGGAUUAAUUAGAGAAUGACUAAAAAUCAUGGAAAACUUAAUUGAGAGAAAAGGAGUAAUAGCAAUUAUAAUAAUUGGAAUAAGAGAAAACUUUAAUUGAUAAAUAAUUCAAGGAGAGGUUGAGAACUAUUCAUAUGAAAUGAAUUUAUUAAUUUAAUUA